AACCUCUGGGACCCGGGUUCGAGUCUCCGCCUGGGUCACAUGUGUGUGGAGUUUGCAUGUUCUCCCCAUGUCGUCAUGGGGUUUCCUCCGGGUACUCCGGUUUCCCCCCACAGUCCAAAAACAUGUUGAGGCUAAUUGGAAUGGCUAAAUUGCCCGUGAGUGAAUGGUGUGUGUGUGAGUGUGCCCUGCGAUGGGCUGGCCCCCCAUCCUGGGUUGUUCCCUGCCUUGUGCCCAUUGCUUCCGGGAUAGGCUCCGGACCCCCCGUGACCCUUAGGAUAAGCGGUUUGGAAAAUGGAUGGAUGGAUGAAGUAACUAAAAUAUGAUUAAAACUAAAUGACAUUUUUUGUCAAAACACUAAAAUAUUAUUAUAUUAUCAAAAUAUUAUGUCGAAAUUAACACUGAUAUAAAUACUAGAGAACAUAAAAUUGCAUAUUAUACAAAACACGCUCUAUUACUUAAAGUAAUGAAGUAACUUAAGGUAAAGUACAGCGAUAAAACAUGUUUGAUGUGGGCUGGUAUUCACUGCCAUGCAGUACCAGCGCAUUUUUUCUCUAUGGAGUACCGGCGUUCUAUCGACCUAUUGAGGUAGCCUAACUCGACAAAGUAGCUCAACCCGUCAGAUCACCGGCACCUCUCAAUAUCUGCUGGUACUGAAUAACACGGUGAGUACCGGUGCCUACUGCUGAAUAAUAAGGGUGGUACCCGCACCGGGAACUGAAUAAUAAGGGAAUACUGGCACUUGGUACCAAAUAACAAGGUGAGUACCCGCACCCGGUACUGAAUAACAAGGGAAUACUGGCACUUGGUACCGAAUAACAAGGGGAGUACCCGCACCCGGUACUGAAUAAGAAGGGGAGUUCCCGCACCCGGUACCGAAUAAGAAGGGGAGUACCCGCACCCGUUACUGAAUAACAAGGGGAGUACCCGCACCCGGUACCGAAUAACAAGCUGUUCUCCCCUUCUUCAAGCACUGGAGUAAAAUGAUUGGUAAUCUUUAUAAUAUAUGUCUAUUAUUAAUUCUUACUUAACACGAAAACUCGAUGCACUUGAAAAAGACAGGUAGGGGAGCAGGUUUGAAAACGUUCCAUCCGAUUUGUGCUGCGGUGCCUGACUUUACAGGGAGAAAAUGGCAAUGCAGACUUAAUUUAAAUGGAACUUGAAUUUUGUUAACAUGCAUACAUAAGCUGAUGGAGCUUUGCCUUUAUAUAGCAUAAUUAAGAUAUUUAAUUGACGUUUAUUAUAGAGUAUCGAAUAAAGUGCAUUCCAGCUGCUUGCACACGGUGUCGCUGUUCAUUUAAGAAUCUCAAUAAGAUGUCAUAAAACAAAACCUCCGUGUUUUACCUCAGUAAUUACGCCGCUCUCGUUUUGCUGGCGGAGGAAGCUUCGUGUACUCAAAUUUUAACGUUCAUUGAAGAUCAGAAUUUUUUAUUGCUGGAUCAUAUAGCUUAAUUGAGAAUAAUAACAUUGUUUACAAGUGCGUAUUAUUUUUUUUUCUAUUCCGUGACUUGUCACACCGAUAAAAUGGUUUUGCUUUUCAUUGUGAAAGCUCGGAAAAGGUACGUUUCAGAUUUCCUUAUAUUAUGCGCCACCUUAAAUAUUGUAUAUUCUGUUAGCCAUUACUCUGUUCCAGAAGAAAUGGAAGAGGGGUCUGUUGUAGCGAGCCUAGCCGAGGAUUUGGGAUUAGAAAUUAAAAGUCUUAAAGAUCGGAAUAUGCGACUUGACGUAAUAGGCAGUAGGAAAUUCAUGGAAAUCAGUCUGGAGACAGGAGAGCUGUACAUCACUGAGAGAAUAGACAGGGAGCAGCUAUGUCCAGCAAGAACCUCCUGUUUUCUUAAAAUGGAUGCGAUAAUAGACAAACCGAUACGAAUAUUCAAUAUAGAAGUAGAAAUAAUGGACAUUAAUGACAAUGCCCCAAAUUUUCGAAGGGACACUAUGUACUUAGAUAUUUCCGAAUCUGCUUCAUCUGGAGAGAGAUUUUCACUUAAUAAUGCCGUAGACCCAGAUAUAGGUAAGAACUCCAUAAAAACAUAUUACCUUGGCGAAAAUGAUCAUUUCAGCAUCGAAAUUCAGGCCGGGCGGGAUGGUUCAAAAUUUGCAGAUUUGAUCUUAAAGAAGGUUUUGGAUCGAGAGGAGCAAGGCGUCCAUAAUCUGCUUCUCACUGCUGUCGACGGCGGUGUUCCCGAGCGCUCCGGUACCGCCAACAUCGUUGUUCGCGUGUUGGAUGUGAAUGACAACGCCCCUCGGUUUGAUCAGGAAACGUACUCGGUGAACAUCACCGAAAAUGCCCCUAUUGGCACUCUGGUUAUCAAGUUAAAUACCACAGAUUUAGACGACGGUAUAAAUGCUGAAAUAGCAUAUGCAUAUACACUGUAUACGUUUGAAAAGACGCAGGAAAUGUUUUCGCUCGACUCCAACACAGGAGAAAUAAAGCUAAAGGACGUCAUUGACUUUGAAGAAAUAAAAAGUUUCGAAAUGCAUGUUCAAGCUAAAGAUAAAGCAUUAAGCCCCCUUUCAGGACAAUGUAAAGUAAAGGUUUUUGUGACAGAUUUAAAUGACAACUAUCCUGAAAUAAUAAUUAAAUCAUUCAAAAGCGCCAUAAAAGAGAACGCUGCUAUAGGAACAGUAAUAGCGCUUAUUAGUAUAAGCGACAGAGAUUCGGGUGACAACGGCAAAGUUGACCUUUCAAUGAAUCAACAUCUACCCUUCACACUGAAUAAGUCCUCAGAAAGCCAUUUCACACUGGCUGUGUCAGAACCUUUGGACCGUGAAAAAGUUCCAGAGUAUGAGAUAACUUUUAUAGUGACAGACAGAGGUUCACCACCCUUGUCCAAUAACGAAACGAUCACAUUGGAGCUGCUGGAUGUGAAUGACAAUGCACCAGUCUUCCCACAGUCCUUCUACACCAUUCCAGUGAUGGAGAACAAUGCACCUGGAGCGAUGUUGAGCUCAGUUGCAGCUUAUGAUCCAGACCUUCAUGAAAACCAGUAUCUUGUCUAUUUUAUUACCGAGAAGGAAAUCGCAAACACCUCUGUGUCAAUGUUAUUUUCUAUUAACCCAGAAAACGGAAAUCUGUACGCACUAAAGGCUUUUGACUAUGAGAGGGAGAAGGAGUUCCUAUUCCAUGUUGAAGCCAGGGACUCCGGCGUCCCUCCACUCAGCAGUAAUGUGACCGUCCACAUCGUCAUUUUGGACCAGAAUGACAACAGCCCGGUCAUAGUAUCGCCAUGGCAUACACAAGGCUCCAUGGCUGAAGAGGUGAUCCCAAGAUACACCGAAAAAGGGUCCCUGGUAGCCAAAGUGGUCGCCCUUGACAUGGACUCACCACAGAAUUCAAGAAUCACAUACCAGUUUCUCCAGAUUCCUGAUGCUACUUUAUUCAGCUUGGACCGAUUUAAUGGAGAGAUCCGGACAAUGAGGAUGUUCAGCUACAAAGACCCCCGACAUCUGCGGCUGGUGGUUGUGGCCAAAGACAAUGGAAACCCUGCUCUCUCUGCUACUGUUACCAUCAAGCUGUCAACUGCAGAACAAGUGGUCAAGGCUAUUCCUGAAAGCACACAAGUGCCUUUGGAAUAUGAUGUGUUUUCCGAGAUAAACUUGUAUCUGGUGAUCGGUUUGGGCUCAGUGUCAUUUUUGCUAUUGAUUACGAUUUUUGUGAGCAUCAUAGUAAAGUGUCAGAAACCGAAGACUGCCAAGGCCCAUGCAGUUCCUCCUGCAUGUAGGAAUACCUUCAUUCCCCAGAGGAACCCAAACAUAACGGACUCAACCUUAAUCUCCAACGAUGCUUACUGGUACAGCUUGUUUUUGGCGGAAACCAGAAAAGGGAAGUUGGUGGUCAGACAGCCGAUUCCAAAGGGAGCCGGAUACAUUGUUUCCAGUAUGCCCCAAAGUACGGGCCAGACGGAGACCAGUGAGUCCACAGCGUCCACCCUACAGUAUUCAAAAUGAAAGGAACUCCGUUUUGCUGUCGCAGGAAUCCAGCAGUGAUCUGCCGUGAUGUCAUCCCUUCUUCUCUUGGAGUGUUGCCAGGACGACGUGAAAAGCCGGAAAGCUCCCCCUACGUUCCCAACCAAGGACACAGUCACCUGACCUCACAAGUGCAGCCAUCCAUUAAACAUUCCUGUCCACGAGCAUGAAUUUUGCAUGCAUACAACAACAGAGUGGAUUUCUGUAUGUCGCAAUUAAUGCAAAUAACUUUUAAGGGAAAACAAUUGUCUUGUUUUUUUAGUAAGGGGGGGGGGUGUUCAUUACAGUGUCCCAUACCCUCUCCAUCUCCCCAAUCCACAACUGAAUUUUCUUGAUCAUCUUCACACAAAUGAUAUCAAAAUAUCACACAGUGAUAUCAAAUAUCACUGUCUGGACAAACAGAGGCGCAGGAAAGGAAGGCAUUUCGUCAAACUGCAUGUGCAGCUGUACAUUUCAGGCCUUUUAAGAAGCAGGUUCCGACCGGCCAACUUUGGUGACAAGAAAAAGAGAAAAAACACAAAUUCCAUAAUUCAUAUAGCACACAAUCUCAUAUACACAACAUAACAUUCGUAUAAAUAGGUAAUAAGCAGAAACAUAGCAAUAAGGGUUUGAACCCCUCACCCCAGACCAGAUACAUAGCUUGGUAGUAAAAUAUCAAGGUUGACCCCACCUCAAAAUUUGUCAACUCACCCCCUGCCCUCCCAAAUUAAUUUUAGCCUGUGUUACAGUCACAUUACAGCAAAAUCAUUGUGAAAUAUAACAUUCUAAUAACGGGUUUAAUGGUUGUGUCUUAUUUUGGGGAAUACGCACAUUGCACAAGGAUUUAUUAUUAUUUUUUACAUUGUUACCUUUAUAUAAAAGAAAAAAAGUUCAUUUUAUAAUUCCUAAUGUUUUGUGUUGAAUCUAUUGAUAAGUCCUUUAUGUAUAGUAUUAUAGUGGUGAUGCAAUAUAUAGUGCUUAUAGCUAUUCUGAAAAAGAAAUUGAUUUGUGAACAGUACGGCACCACAUCUGUUGUGAAGUGACUGUGUUUUUUCCGUGAUUUGUAGUCUUGGUGAAUAGCUUUUUUUCUGUGCCAUUCAGAUGAACCGAAGGGACAUAAAUAGAGCAUAAGUACUGCAUUAAAUCAUGUCAGAGAAACUGACGCAGUUAAAACAUGCCUUUGGAGACAAAUCGGGGUGGUGCAGCAUACUCACACAGUGUGGGUGUUUAUAUGUACCAGUGAUUGUACAGAUCCAGUCUCCCCUCCCCCUGCUUCACUGGGCUUAUUGUAACUUCUCAGAAAGUGCUAUAUCUCAUCCAAACAUCAUUCGUUUUCAUAGAAAUGUUAUAAUGGCUUUUAUACCACUGUUUUAUGUCAGCUAUGGUGAGCAGUAUUUAGCUACAGUUAUGCAGAAAAUUAAGAAAACAUAAGAGAAACAAAAAAAGAUCAGACUGGUCUUGGUCUUCUCUGAGAGCUACUUAGGAUAGACAUGAGCUGUGAUGCUCAAUACCUACAUACUGCUUAUAUAAUAAGCUUUUUAUUUGUGUUUUGUAUGAAACGCUGAUAUUUCAGCAUCAGAGACCCAAUUGUUCCAAAGUUCAGCUUUAUAAAAUGCACGCUUCCCAUGUGGAUUAUAACUUAAACCAGCUCAACUGUAGGUUGGAGAGGAAGCCUGGUUUUUCCCUGCACUUAUGGUUUUGAGUCUUCUCUGGUUUGUAAAUAGUCAUCCAUUAAUACUGUUGUUCCUGCUGGCUAUUUGUGUAUAAGCAAUGUGAAUAAAGGUUUAAAGCUGUAA